GGGGAGUGUUUAGGGCGGGGGCGCGCGCACGCGCACGCGCGCAGGGCCGCCGCCGCCACCGAGGCCUAGUCGGCGGCGCCGGGCGGCGGGGAGCUGGCUGCGCCGGCCCGCGGCCGCGCCAUGUCCGCCUGCCACAGCUGCGCCGCGGCCGCGCGCCUCCUGGGCUCCACGCUGCCCUCCGCGCGCAGAGGUAUUACUUGUGGUCGUAUACGCAUCCCUGUUUUAGGAAAACUUGGGACUUUCGAAACUUGUUCCUUGAGAAGAAUUCCUCUUAGAAACUUUUCAGAAACACCAGCAUAUUUUGCUUCAAAGGACGGUGCAAGCAAGGAUGGAUCUGGAGAUGGAAGCAAGAAGUCUGUCAGUGAGGGAGGUAGUAAAAAGUCAAGCUCUGGAAGUUCUGGGAAAGGAGGGAACCAGCUGCGCUGCCCGAAGUGUGGUGACUUGUGCACACACGUGGAGACCUUCGUGUCUUCCACCCGUUUUGUGAAGUGUGAGAAGUGUCACCAUUUUUUUGUUGUACUGUCAGAGGCGGACACAAAAAAGAGCAUCAUUAAAGAGCCUGAGUCAGCAGCAGAAGCUGUGAAAUUGGCAUUCCAGCAGAAGCCACCUCCUCCACCGAAAAAGAUUUUUAACUACCUCGACAAAUAUGUUGUUGGUCAGUGUUUUGCCAAGAAGGUGCUUUCAGUUGCUGUGUACAAUCAUUAUAAAAGAAUCUAUAAUAAUAUCCCAGCUAACCUGAGACAGCAAGCAGAAGUUGAAAAACAGACUUCUUUGACACCAAGAGAAUUAGAAAUCAGAAGACGGGAGGAUGAGUACAGAUUUACAAAACUGCUGCAGAUUGCUGGAAUUAGUCCACACGGUAAUGCUCUAGGAGCAUCGAUGCAACAACAAAUGAACCAGCAGAUACCUCAGGAAAAACGGGGAGGUGAAGUGCUAGAUUCACCCAAUGAUGACAUAAAACUUGAAAAGAGUAACAUUUUACUGCUUGGACCAACUGGAUCAGGUAAAACUUUGCUGGCUCAGACUCUAGCUAAAUGCCUAGAUGUACCUUUUGCUAUCUGUGACUGUACUACCUUGACUCAAGCUGGCUAUGUUGGUGAAGACAUUGAAUCUGUCAUUGCAAAACUCCUGCAAGAUGCCAACUACAACGUGGAAAAAGCUCAACAAGGAAUUGUUUUUCUGGAUGAAGUAGAUAAGAUUGGCAGUGUUCCUGGUAUUCAUCAGUUACGGGAUGUCGGAGGAGAAGGUGUUCAACAAGGCUUGUUAAAAUUACUAGAAGGUACAAUAGUAAAUGUUCCCGAAAAGAAUUCUCGUAAACUACGUGGAGAAACAGUGCAGGUUGACACAACAAACAUCCUCUUUGUAGCUUCUGGUGCUUUUAAUGGUCUUGACAGAAUUAUCAGCAGGAGGAAAAAUGAAAAGUAUCUAGGAUUUGGGACACCAUCUAAUUUGGGAAAAGGCAGAAGGGCCGCAGCAGCAGCUGAUCUUGCUAAUAUAAGUGGAGAUUCCAAUACACACCAAGACAUUGAAGAAAAGGAUCGCUUGCUGCGUCACGUGGAAGCCAGAGACCUCAUUGAAUUUGGCAUGAUUCCCGAGUUUGUGGGCCGUUUGCCUGUUGUGGUUCCUCUGCAUAGCCUAGACGAGAAAACACUUGUACGGAUUCUCACAGAGCCACGAAAUGCUGUGAUUCCUCAAUAUCAGGCGUUAUUCAGCAUGGAUAAGUGUGAAUUAAAUGUAACUGAAGAUGCAUUGAAAGCUAUAGCUAGACUGGCCCUUGACAGAAAAACUGGUGCAAGAGGUCUUCGAUCUAUAAUGGAAAAGCUGUUGUUGGAGCCCAUGUUUGAAGUGCCCAAUUCUGACAUCGUAUGCGUGGAAGUUGACAAAGAUGUUGUAGAAGGCAAAAAAGAGCCAGGAUACAUUAGGGCUCCUCCUAAAGAUUCGUCUGAAGAAGAAUAUGAGUCUGGAGUUGAGGAAGAAGGCUGGCCUCGGCAAGCAGAUGCUGCAAACAAUUAAAUACUGUCAGAAUGCUCUCCCGCAUAAAGCGCACUUGGUUAUUUCUUUAAGAUUACAUCUGGCUUCACAGUCUUGAUACUAAAGGCAUUGGAUCUAUCUCGAAUAUGAUACAUGAUCAGGGAACUUAUUAGAUAAAUCAGAUCAUGUAUUUUAUUGUAACAUCACAUUGAUUUAUUUGGUGGACAUUGUGUGGACUUGAAUGGCAUAAUGUUCAAAUAUAAAUUGUAUAUUGCUUUUGUUCAAUUAAAAUAUAUAGCAAAUAUAGCAACACCUGGAUUGCUUUUUCUAAAACUGAACAGCAAUGCAGGUGCUGCCAAUAGUUAAUUUUACAAUAAUGUUACUCUACAAAUGGGAAAACAAGUUUAAUAAUUAGUAGGGGGUAAAUAAACUAUUAGCUCCUUGUACAACUCACAUGCUUGGGUUAUGUUCAGGUCAGUGUUAGAUUUCUGCUGGUGUUUGAAACCAAACUGGUGCUGGAGUGACUUGUUACAUUUGGUGUGGGAGGAAGCCCUUGCAACUAGAUUUUGGAAAAACUCAAGCGCAUUUAAUAACACUGCUGGGCAAUUUUGGAAAGAUGUAACACUAGUUUGUUACAAUAAUUUCGAAUACAUCCUUUUGUUCACCUUUCCAUUAGGAAUAAGUUUUAGUCACCUUGAAUACUGUGCAAGAAGGUGAAGUCAAUAAUCUGCUGAUUUUUCCAGAAGGGUAGAUAGGAUUUCUGGGAAGUGGUAGGCCAUGUGGGUUUGGAUGAAAAGUUGGCAUAAAUUUUUAAAUAUUAAUGUUCUAAUAUAGUACAUUUUGUUUAACGUAUUGGAACUAUCAUGCAUCAAUUUUUUGGUGCCAGGUAUUUGCCCAACCUAUCUUAUAAUGUUAAGAGAUGAAAGAAGUAAAUGUAUAAUAUUUUUGAUGUAAUCAGUAGUAAUUGUUCACAUGACAGUGCUUUUUUUUUAAGUUAUAUGCUUAAGUGCUAGUAUCGCAUCAUGUGGUUUUGUCUUUGAUUUUUAGUCUCACAGCAAAGCAAUCCUCCCUCUUCUGUUUUACACCAAAACAAAUUCAAUCCUUUAGGAAAGUAUUUGUAAAAACACUAAAGGACCUGUAUGUCUUUGAUUCAUUUCAGGAAUUAAAAUUGUUACUUAGAACUUUGUUUUGUUCUUCACAAUGAUACAUGGAUUGAGGUUUCACUCACUUCUCUCCCCCCCCCCCCCCCAAGGUUUUGUUUUAAGCUAUUUAAAUAAACUCCUGUCAUUCUUUUCAGUCUAGUGGGUACCACAGAUAUGUUGGCCUUGGUUUUUUGUUAAUUUUUGUCAUGUAAAUUCUAAGUAGCAGCCAUGCAAUUCUUGUGCUCUUAUAUAGGAUCAAUGUGACAUGCAGUUUUAGCCAGAUCCAACAGAUGCUUCUCUUAGCAUUUCACUUUUAUUUUCUGAUGAAAUGACCCAUUAAUGGUUCAGAAAAAGCUGCUGUCUGUGUUGAGGAUACUUCUAGGAGAAGCUUUAGUCAUCUCAAAUUUGGAAUCACUAGUGAACUAUCUGUAACCUUAUCCUCAUUUUCCUUUUUGUAGAGUGAAACAUGCAACAGCUCUUAAUUCUGAAAACUUUAAUGCAAAUCCUUUUUUAAAAUGGAUUGAAAACACUUUAGGGAAAACUGUUAAACAACUUAGUUUUGAAAGUUGUUUUGAAUUAUGUAAUCGAGAAAUGUUUUUAAGGAAAACAAAUACUGUGCGACUACAGUUUGUAUACUUCAAUCCACUUUUGCUGUUUGAAUAAAACAAAGUGAAUACCUGAAAACAGA